UUUUUUCUCACCCUUUCAAUUCGAUUGAGUCUGGAUUUUUUUUACACUGCCAGUAACGAAGAGUUCACUGCAACUGGGUUUUUUGUUCUGCCGCAAUUUCCAAUUUCCUUGACGUCCUAAUUAUUUAGAUAAAUAAAAGUCAGAAGUUGUUUCAGGGCUGGAACUCAACAUUGAAAAGUAACCCGAGCUCUUCGCUACUUUGUAGUCGGAAGACGAUCCUAGCCCAGCGGAGCCAUGGGGAACCGGGGCAUGGAGGAUUUGAUUCCCCUCGUCAAUAAACUGCAGGACGCCUUCAGCUCCAUCGGACAAAGCUGCAAUUUGGACCUGCCGCAGAUUGCAGUGGUCGGCGGACAAAGCGCUGGAAAAAGCUCUGUUCUGGAAAAUUUCGUCGGCAGGGACUUCCUUCCUCGAGGGUCAGGCAUCGUCACACGAAGGCCGCUCAUCCUUCAGCUGGUCAACAAUAAAGCAGAAUAUGCUGAGUUCCUGCAUUGUAAGGGGCGGAAGUUCGUGGAUUUUGAUGAGGUGCGGGCGGAAAUCGAGGCGGAGACGGACAGAAUCACUGGAAGCAAUAAGGGCAUCUCCCCCAUCCCCAUCAACCUGAGAGUGUACUCCCCAAACGUGCUGAACCUGACCCUGAUCGACCUGCCGGGGAUGACGAAGGUGGCGGUGGGGGACCAGCCUGUGGACAUCGAGCACCAGAUCAGAGACAUGCUGCUGCAGUUCAUCACCAAGGAGAGCUGCCUCAUCCUGGCUGUCACGCCCGCCAACACCGACCUGGCCAACUCCGACGCCCUGAAGAUCGCCAAGGAGGUGGACCCCCAGGGGCUGCGAACCAUCGGCGUGAUCACCAAGCUGGACCUGAUGGACGAGGGGACGGACGCCAAGGACAUCCUGGAGAACAAGCUGCUGCCGCUGCGGAGAGGUUACAUCGGGGUGGUGAACCGCAGUCAGAAGGACAUUGACGGGAAGAAGGACAUCCGCAUGGCGCUGGCUGCGGAGAGGAAGUUCUUCCUGUCGCACCCCGGAUACAGACACCUGGCCGAGCGCAUGGGCACCCCUCACCUGCAGAAGACCCUCAACCAGCAACUGACCAACCCUUCUCGUGAUCCACUGUACUCCGGUGACUACUGCAGUAGCUGCAGAGCCCUGCUGUUACUGGAGAAGCAGAGAUGCAGUAGAGGCAGUAGAGGUGGAGCCUCACUCACACCAUUUGCUGCUUUCAGGAUGGUGCAGCAGUUCGGGGUUGACUUUGAGAAGCGAAUCGAAGGUUCGGGAGAUCAGGUGGACACCGUGGAGCUGUCGGGCGGAGCCAGGAUCAACCGCAUCUUCCAUGAGCGCUUCCCCUUCGAGCUGGUCAAGAUUGUGUUCGAUGAGAAGGAGCUGAGGCGUGAGAUCAGCCACGCCAUCAAGAACGUCCACGGCGUGAGAACGGGGCUGUUCACUCCAGACCUGGCGUUUGAGGCCAUAGUGAAAAAGCAGGUCAUUAAGCUGAAAGAGCCGUGUCUCAAAUGCAUCGAUCUGGUCAUUCAGGAGCUCAUCAACACCGUCAGGCAGUGCACCAACAAGCUGGGCUCCUACCCCAGACUGAGAGAGGAGACUGAGAGGAUUGUCACCACCUACGUCCGAGAGAGAGAGGGCAAGACCAAGGACCAGGUUCUGCUGCUGAUUGACAUUGAGCUGUCCUACAUCAACACCAACCACGAGGAUUUCAUUGGCUUCGCCAAUGCACAACAGAGAAACACGCAUGUCAACAAGAAGAGGGCCAUCCCCAACCAGGGUGAAAUUCUGGUGAUCCGUAAAGGCUGGUUGACCAUAAACAUCAGCAUAAUGAAGGGGGGGUCCAAGGAGUACUGGUUUGUCCUGACUGCCGAGUCCCUGUCCUGGUACAAGGACGAGGAGGAGAAGGAGAAGAAGUACAUGUUGCCGCUGGAUAACCUGAAGCUGAGAGAUGUGGAGAAGGGCUUCAUGUCCACUAAGCACAUCUUUGGCAUCUUCAACACUGAGCAGAGGAACGUGUAUAAGGAUCUGCGUCAGGUGGAGCUGGCCUGUGACUCUCAGGAGGACGUGGACAGUUGGAAAGCCUCCUUCCUCAGAGCGGGAGUGUACCCUGAGAAGGACCAGGUGGAGAACGAGGAGGCGGGCCCAGUGGACACCUUCUCCAUGGAUCCCCAGCUGGAGCGGCAGGUGGAGACCAUCCGCAACCUGGUGGACUCCUACAUCGGCAUCGUCAACAAGACCAUCCGCGACCUCAUGCCCAAGACCAUCAUGCACCUGAUGAUCAACAGCGCGAAGGACUUCAUCCACUCGGAGCUGCUGGCGUACCUGUACUCGUCGGCCGAUCAGAACUCGCUGAUGGAGGAGUCGGCCGACCAGGCGCAGCGCCGGGACGAGAUGCUGCGCAUGUACCACGCCCUGAAGGAGGCGCUCAACAUCAUCGGCGACAUCAGCACCACCACCGUGUCCAUUCCCGUGCCGCCGCCCGUCAACGACAGCUGGAUGCCGAGCGAGCCCAGCCCCACCCCACAGCGUAGACCGGCCUCGGCCGCCCCCCCUCCCAGUCGCCCCCCAGCAGUGAGGGGUCCUACGCCGGGACCGCCCCUGAACCCCAGCCCUGCGUUCGGAGCCCCGCCCAUCCCUUCCCGCCCGGGGCCACCCGCCAACGCUUUCAGCAACGCCCAGGACCCCUUCAGCGCCCCUCCACAGAUCCCCUCCCGCCCCGCCCGCAUCCCCCCCGGAGUGCCCAGCAGAAGACCCCCCGGCGCGCCCCAUCGCCCCACCAUAAUCCGCCCAGCCGAGCCCUCCUUACUAGACUAGGCCCGGGCCGGACCCACGCUUAGCACCGGGGGGGGGGAUAGAGCACUGAGAGAGGGCCAGUAGGGCGAGAGAGGAACUCAUACACACAACUGCACACACACCUGUUUAAGUGUACACGCACACAUGCACACAUUGUCACAUGCAUGUAACUGAGCACACACACACACACAUGCACACAUUGCUGCAUGUGUGUAACAACACACACACGUCCGCACCCACACAAACACACACACACACACUCACACACACACACAGGUGUGACUGUACACCCUAAUAUGGAGGUCCUGUCUGUCACAGAGCCAGGGUUUUUCAGUCUGUUCCCUGAAAGACACUGAGAUGCACUUAUUUUCUCUCACCCACAACACAACACGGGCGGCAUUGGCUACAACAGUAGAGUGAUUUGGGUGGAAUCCCCCUCUCUGCUUAAGUAGACUUCUUUGGUCCCCUGCAUCUAAAAUUUUUCUAAGAAUCUGUUUGUAGUGAGUGUGGAUUGGAGGCCGUUGUUGUGAAUGUUAAAGCCAGCAAAGUAAGUUCGCCCCCUUGUGGACCGGAGGCUGUGAUGUACUUUGUGUGUCAUUCAUAUCUCCCAUCACUAGGGGUGCUGGCCCAGUCUGCUGUCUGUGUAAAGUGGGUGAGGGAGCUGGUGCUCAGUGAAGCUGGUAAACCAGUUUUCUUUCAGGGAUUGUAUGUCUAUAGGGGAAAUCUAAUAUAAGCAGAAUCAUUAUUUGUGAUUGUGAAUUUUUGCCCAUAAAAUUAUGUUUCACAAUAUUAGUUGCUCUGUGGCUGACUGCCCUUCUACUUUCUUCCAUAAAAAAAUUCUUUUUUUUUUCUUGGUUUUCCAACUUCAUACAAAACAAAAUAGGUUAUUCUUAUGCUUAUUAUUAUUACUACGGUGAUGAUGUUGGUGCGAUCUUAUUUUCCUUUUUUUUUUUUAACAAAUGUGUUUAAUUAUCUUGUAUUUACCACCGAAAGCGUUUCCUAAUAAUCGCAAAGCAAGGCGAGCGAACUGGAGUCAGCCGUGAGAUUCGCGUCUUCGGUCGGGCGCCGUCGGCCCCUUCCCACAGAAUUCGCUAUGCCCCACCUCUUGGUGCACAGAGGGGCCCAAUCAUGGAUCCCUAAAGCCUGCAUGACCAGCCAAUCGGAGAGCUCGAGAGCACACACUGCCAUCCAGACAAGGGCUUUGUUACACAUUGGUCGUGGAAAUGAGUGACAGACCGAGCAUCGUAAUAGCAGUUCUAAUAGCAUUUUUUUUUCUUAUGCAGUGUUUACAGUAACAGAGGACUUCACACACACACACACACACACACACACACACACGCAUGCGCAUGCACACACACACACACACACACACACACACACAGUGCCUUUACUAUCUGAGGAAUUCCAUCAACUUUAACAGCACAUCACCAUUGCAGCCUUUAAUAGAGAUGUCAAUGUGUUUAACUGCAGCUAACAGGGAAAUGACUGGUCUGUUCUGCAAGCCCCUCCCACCCGUGGUAGCACUGAGGGGUGUUGUGAAGCGCAGUGCCCUCUGAUGUAUGUGCAGAGUGACCACGCAGGAGCAGAGCGCCCGUUUGUCCUGUACAAGGCUGGGACUCUGGUUAGGGGCGUGGCCAAAGUAGAAUAAAUACGCACACAGCAGAGGCCUUAUUCGCUAUACGGCAUCCCGACGGAGUGGAAUAGGUUGAGAUUGGCUCUCUCCGGGGCAAGAGGCUAGCGGGGAGGGGCGCAGGCACUUGUGUCCUUAUUGGGACUAGUUUUUUGGGAGUAGAGCUGUCCCGGGGGCGCCCCCUGCUGGCAAGAGCUAGCAGUGUGGGAGUGGGUGGGUGUGAGACAGGACCAAUACCACUCCCUUUUUUUUAAAAGGAGAAAAAACAAACAUUGGAAUGGAUUAAUCAAUAAAUGAUAAUGAUAUUAAUGAUGAUGAUUUAAAAUAAAAGCAAACUCUGAGGUCAGUUCACCUCCUGCGUGUAGAAGUGGGGGCGGAGGUUUGGCGUUCCGGCUUAUCGGCCCCUCCGGCCGUCACGUGACAGCAGCGCCCCCUCCUGGUCCGCGCCGGGGACGACGCGUUUGACUGUGCCGUUCUGCGCGGAACCGCGCGCCUCCAAAGUUCCGCAAACGGUGGUUCAAUCUGUACAUUUUUUUUUUCUUUAUUUUCUCUGAUUCGUGGUGUUUUUGAUGAGAGAUUUCUGUUGUAAUGGACACCUGGUUUGAUUUCUGAUUGAUUUUGAUUGAUUGUGAUUUUUCAGGGGGAGGGGGGGGGGGUGGUGAGUCUCAGCUACCACCCUGCUUAGAGAGGCUGAGUCCUAAUGGUGAAGGUUUGUAACUGAUUCAGUGAGUAGUCAGUGCAGAGUCAUUACUGAAUCAUUGAGUAGUCAGUGCAGAGUCAUUACUGAAUCAUUGAGUAGUCAGUGCAGAGUCAGUACUGAGUCAGUAAGUAGUCAGUGCAGAGUCAUUACUGAAUCAUUGAGUAGUCAGUGCAGAGUCAUUACUGAACCAGUGAGUAGUCAGUGCAGGGUCAUUACUGAACCAGUGAGUAGUCAGUGCAGGGUCAUUACUGAAUCAGUGAGUAGUCAAUGCAGAGUCAGUACUGAGUCAGUAAGUAGUCAGUGCAGAGUCAUUACUGAAUCAUUGAGUAGUCAGUGCAGAGUCAUUACUGAAUCAGUGAGUAGUCAGUGCAGAGUCAGUACUGAGUCAGUAAGUAGUCAGUGCAGAGUCAUUACUGAACCAGUGAGUAGUCAGUGCAGGGUCAUUACUGAACCAGUGAGUAGUCAGUGCAAAGUCAUUACUGAAUCAGUGAGUAGUCAGUGCAGAGUCAUGACUGAACCAGUGAGUAGUCGGUGCAGAGUCAGUACUGAAUCAGUUAGAAGUCAGUGCUGAGUCAGUGAAUCGAUUGAAAUCAGUCGCAGUUCAGUAAGAAUGCUGAAGACAGCUGAACUGUAGGACACAGACUCUCAGAGCGGGUUGUGUGUGUUCAUCCCCAAUUGGGCCUGGCUACAGUGAGCACUACCCAUGCGUGUGUGUGUGUGUGUGUGUGUGCGUGUGUGCGUGUGUGAACAUCCUCGUCACACUGGUACCGCCAGCGUGCGUGUGCAGCUGCACCAGGGAACACACUGCAUUAUAACGAUCUGACCGCUUCUCAACUCUGUGGCCACCCAACGCACACGUGCCAUUGUAGCCACGCCCCUUUCCUCUUCUGGGUUCCUAUGGUAGCCCACCCCUCUCCUCAACCCCUGUACCCCUGUGUUCUGAACCCCUGUACCCCCCCCCCAGCUCUGCGCCCCGCCCCUCCUCAUUGUAUCGUUGAUUGUGGGCGGGGCGGGGGGGGGAUGCAUUCUUAUUGGGUGUCUGUAGCCGAAUGGAACUUUGAAAUGAGACCUGAGUGGAGAGAAUAAAAAGGUGAACUGGAAUAAAGGGAGCGGCUCUGGUG